UUGCCAUUUCAUGAGUCACUCAUUCGCGAGUAGAGCGCAGUUUCGAACGGUCAAGGAUUUAUGAUGAUGAGCUUGAAAUCAGUUUUCAUCAAUAACUAAGAUAAAAAAAAAUGUCAGCCAAAGUGUGCCGAUAGACUUCACAGUGAAAUACGUAAAAAAUGUAACAAACUGAUGUAAUCACUAGCGUGGGCGGCUCAAUGUUUUUGACCAACAAAAAACUGGAUGUCAGACUUUUCCUAUGGGGUCUGUUUCUGUUGCAAAUUUUUCUUAUAUCGGUGUUCCUGGCAUUCGGAUCGCUGUUGGUCAGCAAUAUCCAGCAGGAUGAACUAACAGGUGGAUCGGCAAAACGCCCACCGGAGGGCUCCAGCGCACCAGACAGCCAACCAACGUCUUGGUUCAAUGUAAAAUUUAUAAGCAAUCAGAGUUCCACUUUGGCCCUGGCAAACUAUGGCCAAGUCGAUCAGCCGGGACCGAAUCGUGUGCGGCAUCCCCGAUUUAAACCAGUGCAGCUGAAAACGGUACCUAAACCGGACAAUUACACCAAAUACUAUAGGUUGAUAUAUUACCAUGAUGGCUACCGGGAGCAGCAAAGACUGUGCUUCAUCGAAGGGACCCGCUUCCCAGAGGCAAAACCAAUCGUGCAAAAGGCACCCACUUCUUCCGCUGGGCCACAUACGAAGCAAACUAAUGAGACUGAGCUCGAUACAGGAGGGUUAGAUGUAGAGACGUUAGAAGUGCACGAUAGAGCGAAUGAUAAUGAUGAUGAUGACGAUACGGACAAUGACAUCCUCGCGGACGGCCGUUGUCGUUGUCUGCCGGAGUGGCACGGGCCCGAUUGCGGUCAGCCAGAAGUGCUUUGGAGGGCUUUCAUAGCAUCGAGGAUUCCACCGAGAAAUCAAACGGCCGCACCUCGCAAGGUGCCGAAAAGAAUAUUUUACAUAAUCGAUACAAAUUUCAUCAGCGUGGAAGUACUGGAAAUUCAACUCAUGGAACUGAUCGAUGUUGUGAGCAUGUUUGUACUGUGUGAUAAACAGAUCCCUGUCAUGGGGGCAAUGAAGAGUGAAACCUAUUCCAUAGCAGAGCACAUAAAGAGCACUGAUUUUCUGAAGCAAAACCAGCAGAAAAUCAUAUUUUUGGAAGAUACUACCUGCAGUGGAAGAAAUAUCUUUCGAAAAAUGAAAAAAUAUAUUGCCAGAACUGAUAUGCAUGCAGAAGAUAUUCUGCUUUAUAGUCAAACGGAUGAAAUCUUGAACCGUCGAGCCGUAAAUUAUUUUCGUUGGUACGAUAACUGGCCGCAGCCUGUCCGGUUCCGACUAAAGUACAAUGUGUUCGGCUUCUUCUGGCAGCAUCCGUACAGCACACGGAUUGGAAGCGCUGCAUGUCAAUUAAGUACGGUAGAUGAAGCUUAUCGAUCCGAUCCGGACGCACUGCUUCGGAUCGAGAAGCCAGUGAUGCUAAUUGGUGAUCUGAAUCAUUACGGUGGCUGGUACUGUCGCCACUGUUAUCAACCAAUAGAUAUAGUGAAAUAUUUAGAAUUUAUAGCUUUAACCGGCACUACAAAUAGUGAUAGCAUUAGUGGAACUAAUCAAUCAUAUCUUCCUGACCCGAAGAAGAGCACUGUAAUGAACGGAGAGUACGUUCAGAAUUUAAUCGCCAGUGGGAAGUACUUCGACGGUCAAACGAAUCUCGUUAAACUGCAACGCCAUGUGGACAAGUACUAUGCGCCAGAUUACGUCCGCGAGAAUAGCUGGCGGUUCGAUAAUAUUGUCAUUAAUCUAUUUGCUCGCUGGGAGGACAGUGUCAUAGACGACGAGUACUUUAGUUAGACGAUCAGCAUUCAAAACGCCAUCAUCAUAACGUAUAAUUGUCUCAAAAA